GCCCAGCCCGGCCCGGCCCUUCCCUACUCUGCCCGGCCCUGCCCCGCGUCCCGCACGCUUGCAACCCCGCAAGCCCGCCACCCCGCGCGCCCACCCGCCGGCCUGGCCCCCGGUCGGCCCGAGAUGCAGACGUUCCUGAAAGGCAAGCGCGUGGGCUACUGGCUGAGCGAGAAGAAGAUCAAGAAGCUCAAUUUCCAGGCCUUCGCCGAGCUCUGCAGAAAGCGUGGGAUCGAGGUUGUGCAGCUGAACCUAAACCGGCCCAUCGAGGAGCAGGGGCCCCUGGACGUCAUCAUCCAUAAGCUCACCGAUGUCAUCCUCGAGGCUGACCAGAAUGACAGCCAGUCCCUGGAGCUGGUGCACCGGUUCCAGGAGUACAUUGAUGCCCACCCUGAGACCAUUGUUCUGGACCCCCUUCCUGCCAUCAGGACCCUGCUCGACCGCUCCAAGUCCUACGAGCUUAUUCGGAAGAUCGAGGCAUACAUGAAAGAUGACCGCAUCUGCUCCCCACCCUUCAUGGAGCUCACCAGCCUGUGUGGCGAGGACACGAUGCGGCAGCUGCAGAAGAAUGGCCUGGCCUUCCCGUUCAUCUGCAAAACCCGCGUGGCACAUGGAACCAACUCGCACGAGAUGGCCAUUGUGUUCAAUCAGGAAGGUUUGAGUGCCAUCCAGCCGCCCUGCGUGGUCCAGAACUUUAUCAACCACAAUGCCGUCCUCUACAAGGUGUUUGUGGUUGGUGACUCCUACACCGUGGUCCAGAGGCCCUCACUCAAGAACUUCUCAGCCGGCACAUCAGACCGGGAGUCCAUCUUUUUCAACAGUCACAACGUGUCAAAGCCUGAGUCAUCCUCUGUCCUGACUGCGCUGGACAAGAUCGAGGGCGUGUUCGAGCGACCGAGUGACGAGGUCAUCCGGGAGCUGUCGCGGGCGCUGCGGCAGGCGCUGGGAGUGUCGCUGUUCGGCAUUGACAUCAUCAUCAACAACCAGACUGGCCAGCACGCAGUCAUCGAUGUCAACGCCUUCCCGGGCUACGAGGGUGUGAGUGAGUUCUUCACCGACCUCUUGAACCACAUUGCCACCAUCCUGCAGGACCCGAAUGCCGGGCAGGCUGCUGCGGGGGACAGCGCUCUGCCCAGGCCCAGCCGACUCCCCGCAGAGCAGGCGGGCAGCCCCACAGCCGAGUGGAUGAGCAGCGCCAGCCCCAGCAGCUGUGGCAGCAGGACGGACCCGGAGCCGCCCUGGACGGCCGAGGCAGAUGCAGGCGGCUCGGCCAAGCUGCCGCACCAGAGACUCGGCUGCACUGCCGCCGUGUCGCCCAGCUUCCAGCAUUGCGUGGCCUCCCUGGCCACCAAGGCCUCGUCCCAGUAGCCACGGAGCCAGCCCAGGACCCAGGGGAUGUCCCGGGCGCACUUGGCUCCGGCCCUGAGCUGGCCAUCAGCUCCUGAGAAUUCCUGAUCUGAUUCUUCUCGUUUUAUUUUAACUUGAACCUGACUCUGAUACUGCGGAGUUUCCACCAUGCCUGUGCUCGACCCCUUCUGUGGGCUGAGCACAAGAUGGUCGUGCACAGGCGAAGAUGCCCUGAUCUGUCUCUGGCUGCUGGGGGCCAGCCCCGGGGGCGGGGGAGAACCCUGCCAAGGAUGUCAACUGAACAGUUCCCACCUCUCCAGCCCUUCCCUGGUCCCUACUGCUGACAUCUGCAGCUCUGGGG